UGAGGCCUCCUUAAAAUCGUUACUUUCCACCCCACCCCCUAUUCCCCUUUAAAUUUUGUUUCAGUCAUUACCCAGGGACCGGAUACAGAGAUUCCUAUGGGGAGUUCUAAUGGGUCGAUUCAAUUUCAGCUGGAUGACGCCACUUAGCUAAGCAUUAAGAGCUACGGCUCCGGGAAAGCCAACGACACAGAGAGAGGGAGAGAAAGAAAUUAUAACAAGGAGCAAUAAAUCCCUUUCCUCCCAUCCUCCCCUAUAAUCCAUUCACAAGACCUUCAGAAAUCACCUACAUUCACAAAACAGCCGGCUAGCUGAGCUGAACACACUGCAGUCUCACUCCCCUACCCCCGUCUCUGCAGAUUAUAUACCAGCACACCCUGAGCUGUAUAAAUAAUCACACACUAGCGGUAUCUAUUGCUCUGUUGAGAUACCCUGUGUCUACAACUGCAGUUUCUGCUGCUUCGGUUCAUCCGUCAGAUUGGAGGAGACAGAGGCGGAGGCGGAGGCGGAGGCAAAAGAGAAAGAGGGGGAGGAGACCGACACAGAACUAUCUGUUUCUGGCUCCACUGCCAGUGAAGGAGUUUUCAUUCAGACUUUCCGAAGAGAGGUGGAGAAACCUGAAGACUCAGGAGAAGAAGAGGUCUUUUGAGCCAAAUGGGGCAUUAGUUCUUCUGCUUUCCUCAGCAUGGAUAAACCCUUUCCUCAAGGAUUUUCUGAUGUGCCCUAAGGUCCAUAUAACUAGAAGGGCUAUUUAUCACCACAAGUGCCACCCUGACCCCAAACCACUCAGAAGUCAAGAAUCAAAGGAAAAUGGAUGCCGCCAUGACAGACGACUUCCAGCAGAUCCUCCCGAUUGAGCAGCUGCGCUCUACUCACGCUAGCAAUGAUUACGUGGAGCGGCCCCCGGCCCCCCGUAAGCAGGCCCUCUCCAGCCCCUCCCUUGCAGUGCACACUCACAAGUCCGACUGGUCCCUGGCCACCAUGCCUCCUGCUCUUCCCCGCAGCCUCAGCCAGUGCCACCAACCGCAGCCCUUGCCUCAGCAUCUGAGCCAAUCCAGCAUCGCCAGCUCCAUGUCCCAGAGCACCACUGCCUCCGACCAAAGGCUCUUGGCCAGCAUCACGCCCUCGCCUUCGGGCCAGUCCAUCAUCCGAACCCAGCCCGGAGCGGGGGCCCACCCAAAGGUCGACGGUGCUCUGAAGGGAGAAGCUGAGCACCCCACAGGGCACUCCGGGGAGCACCUCUUCAUUUGCGAGGAGUGCGGGCGCUGCAAAUGUGUCCUCUGCACAGCGGCUCGUCCUCUCCCCUCCUGCUGGCUGUGCAACCAGCGUUGCCUUUGCUCUGCCGAGAGCCUCCUCGACUACGGCACUUGUCUCUGCUGCGUUAAGGGCCUCUUCUACCACUGCUCCACCGACGACGAAGACAACUGCGCCGACGAGCCCUGCUCCUGCGGGCCCAGCUCGUGCUUUGUCCGCUGGGCAGCCAUGAGCCUCAUCUCCCUCUUCCUCCCUUGCCUGUGCUGCUACCUGCCUACCCGUGGAUGCCUCCGUCUGUGCCAGCAGGGCUACGACAGCCUCCGGCGACCAGGCUGCCGCUGUAAGAGGCACACCAACACUGUGUGCAGAAAAAUCUCUUCUGGUAGUGCACCAUUCCCCAAGGCCCAGGAGAAGUCCGUAUGACCUUCCUACAACACGGAGCCAGAGCUUUCUCCUUCUCGCACCCGUUAGGAAAGUGCAGGCCUCAUCUCUGGAGAGGGGGAGAAGGAGUAAAGCAGCCAAAGUUAGGGCCUCACCAGUUUUGCUCCCGCAGUGUCAGGGAAUGGCCGAGUACAUCCUGGCGCAGGAUGCCUUGUUCUUUCUCACAGUAUCUAUCCCACUUCUCUUCAACCUUCUUACACCUGGCCAUUUUAGCCAUGUGGCUGUCCUGGCAAAUUCAGGUGAUACACAGGCAUGAGAUUCGGACACGGAGGACUGACAGAGCCACCAACGUGGAGGGUUAGGGGCUCCCCAACAUAAUGCCUCUUGAUGCAGGCUCUGAGCAUCCCUCCACUGUCCACAGUGCCUUUGGAAACUUUCUUCUAAGAUGGUUUUCCGGGCUGCAUGUGGAACAGUGUUCGAUAUUCCAGGGAAUCCGACCCCUUCUCCCUGUUUACUGCCCUUCCCUUCUUCCGUCUUCUCCCUCUUACCUCUUGUUCUUUGUUCCUUCCCCCUUCA